UUAUGUAAUUGUAUCUAUAUAACACACACACACACACACUAAUGCUUCAACUACUUGUCUUAGUUGUCUACACGUCUACCCAUUUUUCCAAACAACAAGCUCAACAAAAGGCCAUUGAGGGUGUGUAAAAAAUUGGAAAAAUGGGGAGAAUGUCAAUACCCAUGGUGGGUUUUGUGGUGUUAUGCCUAUGGGCAGUGGUAGCAGAAGGAGAAUAUGUGAAAUACAAGGACCCAAAACAGCCAGUAGGAGCUAGAAUCAAGGAUUUGAUGAAAAGGAUGACACUUGAGGAAAAGAUUGGUCAGAUGACUCAGAUUGAGAGGAAAGUUGCCACUGCUGAUGUUAUGAAGCAAAACUUCAUUGGGAGUGUAUUGAGUGGUGGAGGGAGUGUACCUGCACCUAAGGCAUCUGCUCAGGCUUGGACCAAUAUGGUAGAUGAGAUUCAAAAGGGUUCUCUUUCGACCCGUCUUGGUAUUCCCAUGAUUUAUGGAAUUGAUGCCGUUCAUGGUCACAACAAUGUCUAUGGGGCUACAAUCUUUCCUCACAAUGUUGGGCUUGGUGUUACCAGGGAUCCUGAUCUUGUGAAGCGUAUCGGGGCUGCAACUGCACUUGAAGUUAGAGCUACAGGAAUUCCAUAUGCCUUCGCUCCCUGCAUUGCAGUAUGUAGAAAUCCUAGAUGGGGCCGUUGUUAUGAGAGUUACAGUGAAGAUCAUAGGAUCGUGCGAAGCAUGACAGAGAUCAUUCCGGGCCUGCAAGGAGAUUUGCCUGCUAAAUCAAAGAACGGUGUUCCUUACGUCGGAGGAAAGACUAAGGUUGCGGCCUGUGCUAAGCACUUUGUGGGAGAUGGUGGCACGUUGCACGGCGUUGAUGAAAGUAACACUGUAAUCAGCUCAAACAGUUUAUUUAGCAUCCACAUGCCUGCAUAUUAUGACUCACUCAGAAAGGGUGUUGCAACGGUUAUGGUGUCUUACUCAAGCUGGAACGGAAGAAAGAUGCACGCCAACCGAGAUCUAAUCACUGGCUUCCUUAAGGACAAGCUCAAGUUCAGGGGUUUCGUCAUUUCAGAUUGGCAAGGGAUUGACCGGAUUACUGAUCCACCUCAUGCUAACUACUCUUAUUCAGUUCAAGCUGGAAUUAUGGCAGGAAUCGACAUGAUUAUGGUCCCCGAGAAUUAUAGAGAGUUUAUCGAUACUUUGACUUCUCAAGUGAAAGCCAAUAUCAUUCCCAUGAGCAGAAUUGAUGAUGCUGUGAAGCGGAUAUUGAGAGUAAAAUUUGUUAUGGGUCUCUUCGAGAACCCAAUGUCUGACCCUAGCUUGGCAAACCAACUGGGUAGCCAGGAGCACAGAGAAUUAGCAAGGGAAGCAGUUAGGAAAUCACUCGUGCUCUUGAAGAAUGGCAAGACGCCUAGUCAGCCACUACUUCCUCUUCCAAAGAAAGCACCAAAAAUACUUGUUGCUGGAACUCAUGCAGACAACUUGGGUUACCAAUGUGGAGGCUGGACAAUUGAAUGGCAGGGCGUUGCUGGCAACGAUCUUACUAUUGGCACCACCAUUUUAACUGCUAUCAAGAAAACUGUUGAUCCUUCUACACAAGUAGUGUACCAGCAGAAUCCUGAUGCGAACUUCGUAAAGUCCAACAAAUUCUCCUAUGCCAUUGUGGUUGUGGGUGAAGUCCCAUAUGCAGAGAUGUUUGGCGAUAGUUCAAAUCUCACAAUAGCUGAACCAGGUCCUAGCACCAUCAGUAACGUGUGUGGAGCAGUGAAGUGUGUUGUAGUCGUAGUCUCAGGUCGUCCAGUGGUUAUGGAGCCUUACGUUUCAAAAAUGGAUGCUCUCGUCGCUGCUUGGCUCCCUGGAACUGAAGGCCAAGGUGUUGCUGAUGCUUUAUUUGGUGACUAUGGCUUCACUGGAAAACUUGCUCGCACUUGGUUCAAGAGAGUUGAUCAGCUUCCAAUGAACUUUGACGAUGCACACGUUGAUCCCCUCUUUCCCUUUGGAUUUGGCAUCACAACCAAACCAGUGAAAGGCUACUAAUAAUACCAAUAUGAUUAGUGCAGUCAUUCAGCCUUCAAGAGAGCUGUCUGAAUACUCCUGCUAUAUGUAACAAUAGAAAGGAAAGAGGGAACUCUAUGUUAUUCAUUUAUUUCAACAAUUUGUGCAAGUGCUGGCUGUAGAAAACAAAGCCAGUGAUCUUGCAAUUUUGAUUUUUCAUUAUUGGAACUGGGCUUGUUCACAUAAUUUAGCUAGUGGACUGUGCCGUGGAAUAUAAUUUAGGUGGUGUAUGUUAUCAUAUUAAUAUUAUAGCAGACUGGUGUUCUGUGUUUAUUUAUUUA